CGGUGUUGCUGCGACCCUCAGCUGUUGAGGCGCAGCCGCCCGGCUCGCACCCGCGACCUUCGGGGCGUCCGGCCCUCUGGGGCACGUCUCUGGCUGCCAUGGCCGCCGCCGGCUUCCGGGCCUUCGGAGCAAAGGGGCCCGCCUGGCUCAGGCGAAGCCAGUGGGCCCAGCUCUCCGCCGGCUUCUGCAGCAGGGGUCCGGCCGGGGCCGAACGGCCGGAGCUCCCGCCGCGACCCACCCGCGCGCGGCAGCAGGACGGCAUCAGGAACAUCGUCUUGAGUGAUCUGAAGAAGAGGAACGCGCUGUCAUUAGCCAUGCUGAGAUCUCUGCAGAGUGACCUUCUUCACGAAGCCGAGAGCAAAGACCUAAGAGUCAUCAUCAUUUCAGCUGAGGGGCCCGUGUUUUCUUCUGGGCAUGAUUUAAAGGAACUGACGGAUGAGCGAAGCCCAGAUUAUCACACCAAAGUGUUUCAGACCUGUUCUGAGGUCAUGCUGCUGAUCCAGAAGCUCCCGGUCCCCGUCAUUGCCAUGGUGAACGGCUUGGCCACCGCGGCCGGCUGCCAGCUCGUUGCCAGCUGUGACAUUGCCGUGGCAAGCGACAAGUCCUCUUUUGCCACCCCUGGGGUGAACAUCGGGCUCUUCUGCUCCACCCCUGGGGUGGCCCUGGGGAGAGCGGUGCCGAGGAAGGUGGCCUUAGAAAUGCUUUUCACUGGGGAGCCCAUUUCUGCUCAGGAGGCCUUGCUCCACGGGCUGCUGAGCAAAGUCGUUCCAGAAGAGCAGCUGGAGGAAGAGACCAUGAGGAUCGCAAAGAAGAUUGCCUCCUUGAGCCGUCCCGUGGUAUCUCUGGGCAAGGCCACCUUCUAUAGGCAGCUGCCCCAGGACCUUCAAACAGCCUACCACCUCACCUCCCAGACCAUGGUGGACAACGUGGCCCUGAAGGAUGGGCAGGAGGGAAUCAAGGCCUUCAUCCAGAAGAGAAAACCCAUCUGGUCACAGUGAGUGUUCUUCUCAGAGAAGCGGAGGAAGAGGGAACCUCCACUCCCUGCCUUCUGAUGCCCAAACUCCUCUGCUUUGUCUUGACUGCAUAGACAGCAGCCUGCGGUGUGGUCUGUGCGAAAAGCUGUGAUUUCCUGGGGGAGGGAAAAGGUGGAGAACAAAUCAAGUGGAAGCCGGCCAGCACCUGUGCCAGCUGGCUGUGGUGGGGGGAGCCUGGUGCUUGAGGUGAUCCUUCAAGGACCCUAAGUGGGGGAUCACCUGACACAGGAGAGGGUGAGGCUACACGGAGACGCAGCAGGAGGCUGCCAACCAGGCUCCGCCUUCAGAAAUGUCCCCGGAGGUCGUUCUGGCUGCCUACUGGUGGCCACAUAUUUCCAGUCUCCACAAGACCUUCUCCACACUGAAAAUCUUGUUUCUACUUCUCAACGGAAAAGGCUUUGGGAUAGUCUUUUAUGAUUUAAAAAGAUUAAAUAUUGAGAGGGACUGGUAAUUUUAUCUUUCCCCAGCCAGACUGCAGGGUGUCCGAGAAAAGAAAGGGAAAAAAAAAAAAUCAAUGUCCUCUUUUUGGUGAGCCUGUCCCUGGGGGCGCACGCCAGGUGCCUGACAUAAUGAAUGUCCUGGCCAUCCGACAUCCAAUACCGGGACCCCGGGCUAAAGCCGAGGAUGAAAACAUCAGGGAGAGGUGGGAGGGACACGGGACACGUGUCCUCCCCAUCACACACCACCAGCUCCGCUCAGCUGCUGGGCAGGCUAGGGCCUCCGCGGAGGGAGCACGUGUACCAGGACCUGAACCUGCUCCUCUCCAGCUUUGGGUCCAGCCCCGCCCAAGACAUGUUCCAAGUCUCUUGUCCUCAAGCUUUCACACAGGGCUUGGUUUUUGUUUUGUUUUGGUUCGGUUUUUGUUGUUGUUUUUUAAAAUCAAUUUAUCUCCCCUCGGAGUAGAAUGUGGACAUGAAUGUGGUCAGUCCCAAGGCUGAGACGGAGAAGUGUGGGGCUCUGCCCUGGGGCUCACACACAUUGCAAUGGAUGUCCCCAGUGUUUCCACAGGUUUCUAUGGAGAUGGACAAUUUUUUGCUUUGCCAAAGUUUAGAAAGGUUAAAAAAAAAAAAAAAAGCAUUUUCUUGGAAAGGAGGAACUUGUUACUAAGAUGCUGGUUGUAUGUAGAGGUCACCAGAGCUGCCAUUGGCCGACACCUGUGACGUGCCCAGGACCCUCUGUAUAUCCUCGUGUCACCCCGUGGCACAGGUGCUCCGAUUAUCGCCCCCUACAGCUGAGUUGUUGAGGCCCCCAUUGUGCUAGUUCCAACAGCUGCUCCUGGGUAAAGUUAGGGUCCCCAACUCUGCCUGAAAGAGCCGUGGGUGCACCUUCCCCUGGCCACGCAGCCUCGUGAGGAGAGCCUGGGCCAGCCCCGAGGACAUGACUCCCUGGCUCCGAGGCAGCUUUCCAGAACGAAGGAACGGACCACGUACUGUCGCGGCAGAACUCGACCAGUACUCGGGGGACACCGGAUUUGACUGUCUGCAGACCACAGCCGGAGUUUUCACUACGAAGCCGAUGAAGAGCGGCUGCCGUUCUAGGCUAGAUUGGGAAGGACGGGGCCGUCAUGGUCUGCUCAGAAACAGUGCUGGCCAUGGGGCCCCUGCUGUGCCUUCCUGCCCAGGUGGCCUGACAGGGAAGUUCCCCCUUGACAGCCCCGAGAUCACACGGUGUGGGGGAGAGGGUGUCACAAAGGCCCCGGACUUCGGAGAAAGUGGCAAAGCCUUCUCACACACACAUUUGGCAAAUAAAAAUCAAAAAUCAACUUUCCAGUUUCUGUCUGAGCAUGCACUGUCCCCUGAAAGCACGAAGUCCCCGGGGCUCUGAGCUGGCUUCCCAGCCUGUGAGCCGCGCACACUCAGGGAUGAGCUAUAAAUCUCAGUCCUCGCCUGUGGAGCAAAUAAUCCAGAAGGAAAACCUGCGACCCACCCUCUCAUGUCAUAUGAUUCAUCCCCCAGCAAAUAUAAAUUUCGGGUUAAUUUGUAUCCCUGCUUCCCUCCACUGGGACAUGGAAUGACAUUUUUUUCUGAUAACCACACAGACGAUUGCUUUCGGGAAGCCUGGAACGUCCGUCUUUCCAUCAGUACCAUUUCCUUCUCAGGGAGCUUUGCUGAGCUUAGCCCCGCAGACCACAUCCCAGCAGCCCUGGCUCCAGGAAGUCAGGGGCCGGGGUCCCCACUCCCGGCCGUUUGAGGGAGCAUUCCACGAGGCCGGCUUGAGCUGGCAGAACACCAGCAAGUGCAGGGGGACCGGCUCCCCAGCUAGCUUCACACCAAUGAACUUCCAGGUAGUUGCCCUUCAGGAACCAGGGCUGAUUUAAGGAGCCCAAAUUCCUGAAGUAGCUCUUACUAUCCCUCGCCCCCCACCCCCCGCGUGUAGGAGACUCAGAGAAGGGAAGGCAUUUGCCUUGGUCAAACCAGCAUGUGGGCUUGGAUCCGUAGGAUCCCGCAGUCUGUGCUCAUGAUUCCCGCGCCAUGUUCCUCCCAAACGCGGGAAAGACCCUGUCCCAGCCUGGAAGAACUAGGAACACGCUCCGAGCAAACCACGCAGCAGUGCCACAGCCGAGGUGACACAGUGUGCUUACCGCAGGCGAUUCGGGAGGGAGAUCGCGGCGUUCUGGUCCCCGGUCUGUAGGGCGGCCGCGAGCGGGUGAGGCUCCUUUCACCACGACGCUGCUCCGUCGGUGAACAUGACGCCAUCCGACUCCCGUCCUCUUCCUCGUGAGGUCCCAGGCUCUGCAAGGCUGGGAUUCGGAAACUUGCCACGGAACGCGAAACAGGCAGCUUCUGCUCAAAGCAAAUGCUCCUUCAGGAAUGGAGAAGGUGGGCGUUUUGCCUCCAGAAGUGGUCAACACUGGCAACACCUGAACGCAUUCGAGAACGAGAAAUCCACGCCACGUUCUCUGAGCCUUGGGGCCGCACCUGCACUUUUUGAAGAUGUCAUCCACCGGGAAGCCGUGACCUGAGGCACAGCUGUCUCCAAACUGGCAAUUACCCUUCAUUUUGCGCACAUGGGUUAUUCAGCCAGCAACGCCCCCUUCUCCACCCCC